CAUUAUUAUUAAUUUUUUAUUAGCAAGAUGGCGUUUAGAAAGGUUAGACUGCUCACUUUAUCAAGAUGCUGUACUACCCCCAGGGCCUUGAGCAUGAGCUCUAUCAGACAAAAGAGGAAAGGAGAUGACUACUACAUUCAAGAGAGCAAGAUACCUACUCUUCAUUUCCAGGCCAGUCUCCCCAGACUCCCCAUACCAGAGUUGGCCGAUAGCUGCAGUCGCUACCUCUCAGCUGUACAGCCACUGGUCAGUGAGUCGGAAUUUCAGACGACACAAAAAUUAGCAAAGGACUUCUCAAAGGAAGGCUCAGAUGGAUCAGAACUUCAGAAGAGAUUAAUGGAGCGUGACAAGAUGAAUAAAGACAGUAGCUUCAUUGCAGAUUUUUGGUAUGACAUGUAUUUGAAGGAUCGUCGCUCUAUAGUACUCAAUCAUAAUCCUUUUUUAACUUUUAACGAUGACCCCAGGAACCCGUCACAGGCUGAUCGUGCUGCACAGAUUAUAUUUGCUGCUGUUCGUUUUCGUAAUUCUCUUUCCGAUGGUGUCCUUCGUCCAGAAGUGUUUCAUCUUAAUCCGGAGAAAAGUGACAAAAGCUGGUUUAACCUCUUAAGGUUUAUUCCCCAGUCCUUCUCAUGGUAUGGCGCUUACAUGGUGAAUGCUUUCCCCUUGGACAUGGUCCAGUAUAAGAAACUCUUUGGUACCACUCGAUUGCCCUAUAAGGAAAGAGAUGAACUGGUUACAACCAGCGAUAGUAGACAUGUCAUUAUCAUGAGGAAUAAUCAUUUUUAUGAAAUGGAAGUGAUACAAUCUGAUGGCUCCCCUCUACUCAUUACUGAUAUACAUGCUCAAUUGGAGGCCAUUUUACAAGACUCCACCCCCAGCCCCUCCCACCCUCUCUCUCUACUGCCGUCAUUAGAUAGAACCGAUUGGGCCGAAGCCAGACAACUCCUUGUAUCCGACUUGCAGAAUGCUCUUCAAUUAGAGAAAAUAAACUCCGCCUUAUUUGUUCUUUCUCUUGACGAUACCACACCCACCGAGCCUAAGGAAGCCAUGAGUGUAUUUUUACAUAAUUACGGCUUGAACAGGUUAACAGCAUUAAAACAUAUUUUACAAGUACUUAAUCUUGUGAGUUGAUCCUUCCAAUUUAUGAAAUUAAAGCAGAGAAAGAGAGCUAGGGUAGAAGUAGGAAUAUCAAAAUAGACUUCAAGUGACAUUAGUCUGACAGUCCAUGGGUUACAGUUGAGGAUGUGGUGGUGUGUGUGUGUUUAAUGCAGCAUGUACCAGCUGUCAAUAUUGAAUUAAAUAUUCAAUCUUCGUUGGAUAAUCCUUUGUGGCUUUAGAAUCAAGUAACUCCAGCAAUGUAUGGUGUACCUUAGCUAAGACAUUUUAAAUAAUUACUGAAAGAGAAAUAAACUACAUGUACAUCUUAUUAUACAGUACUGCAGUGCUAGUAACUUAGUACUGGUGUAUCAGUGUUGAAUGUUAAG